GCCAUCCGUCAGCCCGCGCCGCGGCGCAGACUGCUAAGCUCAGCAAGUCUUGCGGCAAAGGCACUUCCGAGCGGAGUUGGGCCGGGCGGAGCGGGGACUCCGCGCCCCGGGGACGGACGCCCUGCCACACCGUCGCCGGCGCCGCGUCCUUGCAGCCCGGCGCUCCCUCGCAUCGGCACCGGUACCGGCAUCUCUCUGGGUCGCUCUCCGCUGUCCCCUCUGCCACCAUGAGGAACAUCUUCAAGAGGAACCAGGAGCCCAUUGUGGCUCCUGCCACCACCACGGCCACCAUGCCAGUCGGGCCCGCUGACAACUCCACCGAGAGUGGGGGUGCUGGGGAGAGCCAGGAGGACAUGUUUGCCAAGCUGAAGGAGAAGUUCUUCAAUGAGAUCAACAAGAUCCCCCUCCCGCCCUGGGCACUGAUCGCCAUCGCUGUGGUGGCUGGCCUCCUGCUCCUCACCUGCUGCUUCUGCAUCUGCAAGAAGUGCUGCUGCAAGAAGAAGAAGAACAAGAAGGAGAAGGGCAAAGGCAUGAAGAACGCCAUGAACAUGAAGGACAUGAAGGGGGGCCAGGAUGACGACGACGCGGAGACAGGCCUGACGGAGGGGGAAGGCGAAGGGGAGGAGGAGAAGGAGCCGGAGAACCUGGGCAAGCUGCAGUUCUCCCUGGACUACGAUUUCCAGGCGAACCAGCUCACCGUGGGCGUUCUGCAGGCUGCCGAGCUGCCCGCCCUGGACAUGGGGGGCACCUCAGACCCUUACGUCAAAGUCUUCCUCCUUCCCGACAAGAAGAAGAAAUAUGAGACCAAAGUCCACCGGAAGACGCUGAACCCUGCCUUCAAUGAAACCUUCACCUUCAAGGUGCCGUACCAGGAGCUGGGGGGCAAGACUCUGGUGAUGGCCAUCUACGACUUCGACCGCUUCUCCAAGCACGACAUCAUCGGGGAGGUCAAGGUGCCCAUGAACACGGUGGACCUCGGCCAGCCCAUCGAGGAGUGGAGGGACCUGCAGGGCGGCGAGAAGGAGGAGCCAGAGAAGCUGGGCGACAUCUGCACCUCCCUGCGCUACGUGCCCACGGCCGGGAAGCUCACUGUCUGCAUCCUGGAGGCCAAGAACCUCAAGAAGAUGGACGUGGGUGGCCUUUCAGACCCCUACGUGAAGAUCCACCUGAUGCAGAACGGCAAGAGGCUCAAGAAGAAGAAGACGACAGUGAAGAAGAAGACCCUGAACCCGUACUUCAACGAGUCCUUCAGCUUCGAGAUCCCCUUCGAGCAGAUUCAGAAAGUCCAGGUGGUGGUCACCGUGCUGGACUACGACAAGCUGGGCAAGAACGAAGCCAUAGGCAAGAUCUUCGUGGGCAGCAACGCCACGGGCACAGAGCUGCGGCACUGGUCCGACAUGCUGGCCAACCCCCGGAGGCCCAUCGCCCAGUGGCACUCGCUGAAGCCCGAGGAGGAGGUGGACGCACUUCUGGGCAAGAACAAGUAGGCGGCAGCGGCCGGGACCCCGCGCCCUCCACGGACACUGACGAGAUCCAGAGCUAUCAAUACCUCAGUUACGCGACCUUAGAGGUUUUUUCCAUUUGUUUGUGGUUAUGUCCUUGUUUCUCCUUCUUUUUCUCUUUUUAAAGACCAACUGCCCUUGUGAUGGCUGUGUGAGGACAGUCCUCUAGGAGAUGAAAGAGGAGCCUGGCUCUGCUCGUGGUCCCAGGAGCUGCCCUAGCUGCAUGCCCUGUCAUGGCCCCCCUCCUCACUCUUGCAGAGCUUCACUUAAGCCUCGUCCUGAGAGAGGCCCUCUACUGGCAGAAAGUUGCAGCACUUCCUGUUUUUCCAGCGUUCUGGACCAACAAAAUGGCGGCACAUCCUGUUUGCUGACAGGGAAGGCAACACAGUGGCUAAUGAUCCGUGUGCGUGUGUGUGUGUGUGUGUGUGUGUGUGUGUGUGUGUGUGUUUGAGCAUCUCUCUUCAUUCCUGGAAUGAGCCUUAGACAGUGGCGCUGUGUGGGAAAAGAAGGCUCUUCGGGAGCCCUGAAAUGAAGAAAGUGCACGAAGUGGGAGAUCUUCCCUCAGCUUGCGGAGAAGUCUCAAAAUCCUGGUCAGAUGCCAGAAGCUCCCAUACUGCUUGCGGGUGGCUACUUGGGAGGCAGCAAGAUGUGGAGACUGGAUGUGUCCAAACCUGGACCAAACCCCUGAUGCCAUCAUAGACUUCCUCCUGUCCAUCAUGGCUUCUCCAUUAGUAUGGUUUCUGGGACAUCCAUGGAAAUGAACUAUUCACCAGAUUGGUCAGACUCUAACAGGGACUGUCAGUCCCAGGUUCUCACUCUUGUUGACAAUGAAUAUCACACUAUGAAGAAACAGAAGUCCCAUUACCCAGACAGACCAAAAUUAAACCCCUGGAUCUUCACUCCAUCCAGUGGGAAGCACGGAUGCUUUCUCCCUGUCCAGAAUAUACGCAGCGCAGUUCAUUUGCAUUUAUUCCCCAUUGUGCUUUUGCUUCUGUUUCUCUUUUAAUUUAAGUGGAGCAACACUCAGUGAAGACACGUUAUCUGUACAGAGCCAGAGAACUUUAAAAGGAAGGUUUAAAUGUUCUCAGUUCCCCUGAGGUCCAGGUAAGAGAGGGAUGGUAAGAAGGGGAGCAUGGGGGACAGAUGGCAGAGAUUUCCUGGGAGGAGAUAGAGGGGAGCGCUAGGAUUCCCCCCAACUCCCACUCCCUGGACCCUCUGCCCUCCAUGCUGGAGAGCUUUUACGUGGCUGGAGUGGCCCAGGGAAGGCUGUAGGGGCGGCCCGUCCUACCCUUCAUCAGGGAGGCUUCUCUAUCUGAAUGCCGGGAAACCAAGGCCAUCCAUUCCCGACGGGUGGUGGAGGAGAUCUGCCAGCAUGUCUACCCCGUGCUCCGCUGUGUCCCAUUCCCUACUUACCUUUUGUCCCCAGCAUAGAUAAAAGCCAUAUAUAUGUUAGUCAAGUUUGCACUGAGUCUUCUUCCAAACCUUCAGCCUGGAUAAGAGAGUCAGGUCCCCAUGUGGCCAGAGGCCAGCCUUCCUUGCCUCCCUUCCUUUGGCUCUUCCCUUCCAUCUGUGCAGCCCUCAGGCCCUUGCCAUUCUUCCCCUCAGAAAACUCAUGGCUUCCCCAGGAUCCUGGGGCUCGCUCCUCCCUAGCACAAAUGGCAGCGCUUCCUGUCCUGCUCCAUCUGGGCUACAUCAGCUUCUUGUAGGCACCUGAGACACAUGGCCGGUGUUGGAGAGAAUCAGGCUUGGAGGACUCAGCAUGAAGAAGGUGCAGAGUGUCUUUUUAUUUUCUCUUAAAGAAAGGGAAGGAGUUUUUGUUUUUCCUUUUUUUGGUUGAAGUAAGGAGUGAAGGAACACCUCUACCAGAAACUGACUGGGAAGUAGGGCUCAGCCUGUCUCUCAGAGACCCUUCUCUGUCUUUCUAGUGGUAUAUGGGAAGUUAUAUUUUUACCAGACUCUGUGUGUAUAUGUGUGUGUGUGGACGUGUAGACACGUGUACUUAACGAUGGGAAGGUAGGACUCCCAUGAGGAUUAUGAGCUGUGGUCCUUGGGACCAGAGUUGUAGUCACAGUAGAGAGUUGUAGGACAGUAGGGUGCCUUCAGAAUCUGGGUGGCCACAGAGUAGGAUUUCAGAAGUCACUGGACUCUUCUCCCAUCCCCAGAGCUGUGGGAUUUUGGUGCUUUCUCAGGGUCUCUUCCCACACUCGUUCUCCUCACCCAUAUCCUCCAGACCCCAUUCAUGGAAAAUUCCCGUCAGUCUCACCCCUCUGCCUUCAUUCUCAUGCCCUUUCCCAACCCAUCUUCUACCACCGGCAGAGUCUUCUCUGCCCGUGAACCUCAUUCAGCCCUUCCAGAGCCCAAGAGUUGCCACGUCCCUGACAUGGAAGGAGAGGAAAUGGUAGGCACCCCUGAUGGUUUGGGUGUCCAUGUGCUGGAGGGAGGGGCCGAUUUCAUCACUCUGAGCCCACUUCUAGUGAGCAGCCUUGAGGGUGGGGACAGGUUGCUGAGUGACCUCGAGCCUUGGCAUGAGUGUGGAGCCAGUGUGGGUGUGGGGGGCAGUACCUUCCCAGGUCCCUGCUGGCCCUGAUGAGCCACUCUGGCAGAUGGCAUCUGUCUGGGGCCAUGGGCUAGACUUGCUCAUGCUUGUAAGUUUUCUACACUCAACGGCUGAUGUUACCCAAACCCCAGAGCUUCAUUCCAAUCUCUGGCUGCCGUUCAGAUUUGUUUCUGGGGAUGGUAGUGUACUGGGACGCAGGCGCUCAGCAGGAUAGGGUUAGGGUGUCUGGCUAGUGAGGGGUUCUGGAUGCCUCUAGGGCUCUGAGUUUUCAUCCCAAAGUCUGUUCCUGAGAGAGGAAAGGAGUAUACAGGUGACUUUUCACAGAGGGGCUGAGACCAUGAAAACCCAAACCCAAUUCCUUGCAGAAACAGGGGUGAGGCAUAGAAGCUCUGUUUCUUCUUCCUUCCUGAACAAUCAUUCCAGAAGGGAAACUAAGUCUCCCAGAAUGACAGGCACAGUUUUGGACUUUGGAAACUGAGGCAUGGAGAAGGCUGGGUAAAAAGCAGGUGGGCAGCCCCAGACAGCGAGCAGGUGCUGGGCAGGACUGAGAAGUGACUUUCCUGGAGUCCCUCAGCUGGAGGACGGGACAGCAGGGAUGAGGCCACAGUGUCAGGUCCUGAUCUUUUUUCUUCCCAGGAAACGAUGUGUAGCUUAUCUCUGCAGAACCACUUUGGCACGAUGAGAGAGAAGAGGGGUCGCUGCAGCCCUCCUGCAGGCAGCCCCAGCCCCCCUACAGACCUGCCUCCAUACAGCAGGGUGGGGUGGGCGGGUGAUAGCAGAGAGGUGGACAAACCUCCCUUGGGGUCAGGGAGUGAGAGACCCUAUGUUCCUUCAAUGUCCCAGACUAAUUCUUGAGGCAUCUGAGUCCUGGGUCUCACCCAACCUUAUAAAAAGAGAGCCUGUCCCUGAGGGUGUGCCUCCCCCUCCAAGACAGGACGUAACUGAGCCAGGAACUGCCCCUGUAUCCUCUGCCCUCCCCCUUCCCUGCGCUCCCCUUCCCCUUUGUCACCUAAGGCUGGUCGAGGCCCUUUCUCGGAGCCUCGGGUGGUGGCAGGCAGGGAGGAAUCCCAAGUCCUGAUCUUGGCAGCCCGGAGCCCCAUGACACAGUUACCAGAUUUGGUGACUAAAAACACAGGGUGGCCAGUUACAUUGGAAUUUCAGACAAACAAGAAAUAAUUUUUAAGAAUAAGUAUGUCCAGGCUAUAUCUGGGACACACUACACUCAAAAGUGAUUUGUUGUUUAUCUGAAAUUCCAGUGGCACUGGCCAUCCUGUAUUAUGUCUGCCCUGUGACCACUUCCCCCCUCCCUCCUUGGUCCCAGGGGGCCAGAGGCUGGCCACCAAGGAUUUGUUUGACUUAACCUGUUUUUCGAACUGCAAUAUUGAGAAGGGGUCACUGUGACUUGAAGACACAUGAAUAUACUUUAUUUUUUAAGCAACAACAAAACAGGAACCUUCCGAAGCCAUUUGAGCCUCAUCUGCCCGUCCACUCGCGUUUAGUUAUAUAUAAGAUAGUUAUCUACAAACAUAUGACCGGAAUCUUGUUGAAUCAAGAUGCAUGUCUAUAACUUCCUGUAAAUAGCCGCAUGGCAAUGCUGAGAGUCCCUCGAUCCCCAACCCAAACCCACUUUACAGAGCUGGGUGAGGCUGCUCGUUUGAUUUUAUGUUGUGUAAAGUCUUUGUCCCCCAGUCCCCCCCCGUCCCCCCCAGUCAGGAACCUCCCACGGGAGCCUUCAGCGGGCUGGGGUUGGGCCCGGCUCUGGUGCCAGCCCUGCGUGGGAGCGUCCUGAAGGCUCGCUGCAGCACCUGUCUGCAGAGCCAGCCCCCGGCACGGCAGUGUCCAGCCUGCUGUCUGGCGUCCCAGCGGCUUCCAUGUCCUACCUAUGUGUGUGGCGUGCCCCUCCCCCCACUGUCUGAACUAACUGAAAAGCCAUAAAGGGGCUUCCUGCUGGGGACCGCCCUCAGCUCCUUCCAGGGGGGCCCUCAUGUCCCUCCGCGGGCUCCCCACAGAACACUUGCGAAGGGCUCACCUGCCGUCACCUCCUCCUGCCCCUCAGCCCUGUGUCAUGGGUGGCGUCCAGGGCUUCCGGUGGGGCCCAGGACACACUCCCGCUGGCCCAGCCAGAGCUGGCGUCCUCGGCUCCAUCUACACCGGGGUGUGGACAGGGUGGUGGGGGCACUCCAGAGUUUGGAUGCCUUUCCGGGGGUCCCUGCGGAGGCAACCGGGAUUUUCAGGAGCAGCCAGUCGGCAGUUCAGCCCGUGGCCAGGUUCCCAUCUGUCACCCGGGGUUGAUGGAACAAGCCCCGCUUACUUACCACGGCGGCGCCAGGGUCCGUGGAUGGCACGGAGGAGGAUGCCUGGGGACAAUGCAGGGGCCAAGCUCUUGCUCACGCUGCUCCUGCGGUCUGGCAGGCGGUACCCCCAGCCAGGGCUCCUCCGAGAGCGCUGGGCAGGUCUGGUUGUGCGGGAGGCUCAGACGAGACCCUUGUGCAGAGCAGGUUCGUGCCAAGCGCCCCGACCCUCACUUCUGCUCCUCCCCGGAGCAGCUCCAGCCAGCGGUGCUGAGCAGCAGAGAGGUGUGCUGGGGGGACUGGGGGCUUCCAAGGUCCCAGGUCAUCAUGUUGAACGGAGUGGGACGGGUGGCCCCCAGCCUGCAGGCCCAGACCCGCAGCAUCUGGCAAGGGCAGUGACACAUGAGUAGCCCAGGAGGCCCCAGGCCCGGCCACCGUGGCGAGCGGGAGGAAGGAGAGAGACAAGGUGGCGAGGGGAACCAGGCAUGGGUAUUAGGCCAGUGGUGGCGAGGUGGGCUCUGCCCUCACACACCGGGACUUGCGAGCACACAGAGGUCCUGGGGCUUUUGUGCUGGGGACAGGAAAGAGUGGGGGAAGUGGAGAGGACCAUUUCAGAGCAAGCUGGGACCAGGCGCGUGGAUGAGCGCAGGGAGGAGCUGUCCUGCUCUCUCUGGGGCCUCCCGCCCUCCACACCCACGGCGAGUCAGGGAUCGAGGCAGGAGUUGAGGCAGAGUCCACCUGGCGAGGGAGCAGCGGGUGUGGGCCCCGGGAGUCCCCCGUCCCGCCCCUCUCAGCAAUCAGGACUUUAGGGGGGCCCUCUUCCAAGAUGCCUGACCCUUCUGCCCUGACUCCUGCCCAUCUAAGGACUUGAUUUGCUGCUUUCUGAGAGCGCCGUGGCAGAGCCCGGCCUGGCCCAGGUCACCCGCCAGGAGCCCUGCCUCCGUCUCCAUGGGAAGGACACACGCACAGCCCUCGCCUCCCCCCGCUUGGCGAUGCUCCCCACCCCCUUAUGUGGACUCUGUUGUUCUUGUCUGAUCUCUUGUCAAAUUGUUAUUUUGUAAUGAGCUGCGUCUCCUUAUUAAAGAAAUGAGCUAAAAGAAA